CAAACAAAUGUCCACGGGUUUGAUGUCGGGGCUACGUUACAGAUAACCGUGACAUGUCAGGUGGAUUUGAUAGAUAACUCCAUGACGUUUGAAACAUGUGGCUCAAACCCGACGAGAUUCUGCUGAAAAACGCGUUUAAAUUAUGGGUCACCGAGAAGGAUAAUGAGUACUUCGUACUGCAAAGGAGACGGGGGUAUGGAGAAGGUGGAGGCGGUUUGACAGGCCUCCUUGUGGGAACUCUGGAUACUGUGUUGGACUCCACAUCCAAAGUUGCUCCCUUCCGCAUUCUACACCACACACCAGACUCACAAGUUUAUUGGUCAAUAGCAUGCGGUGUCACCAAAGAGGAGAUUGGUCAGCACUGGGAUUGGCUGCAGCAGAACAUCAUGAGGACACUUGCUGUUUUUGACUCCAGUGAAGACAUCACCAGCUUUGUGCAGGGCAAGAUUAGAGGUCUUAUCGCUGAGGAAGGUAAGAUGUCCCUAGUGCUGGAGGACGAUCCUGGGAAGUUCCGAGAAGCACUUUUUAAGUUUGAGAAGUGGUUUGAGCUGCCGCCGGAGGAAAAGCUGGUCACAUAUUACUCAUGCAGCUACUGGAAAGGCAAAGUGCCCUGCCAGGGCUGGCUCUACCUCAGCACAAACUUCCUGUGCUUCUAUUCAUACCUGCUGGGAUCUGAGGUGAAGCUGGUCAUCUCCUGGGAUGAGAUCUGGAGGCUGGAGAAAACCUCUAACGUUAUUCUGACUGAGAGCAUCCACGUCUUGGCUCAUGGGGAGGAUCACUACUUCUCCAUGCUGCUGCACCUUAAUGAAACAUUUGUUAUCAUGGAACAGCUGGCCGACUAUUCCAUCAAGCGCCUUUUUGAUAAAGAGGCCUUCCAGAGAGAGCCAGCGCUCUCCGACCCCCUGCAAAUUACCAAGAGAGGCCUAGAAGCUCAUGCAAAGAGUGAGCAGUUCCGGACGUUUUUCAGGCUUCCCAAAGAGGAAAAUCUGUUAGAGGUGCAUGAGAGCUUCCUGUGGGUGCCCUUCAGCCACUUUAACACACUUGGCAAGAUCUGUCUGUCUGAGAACUACCUGUGUUUCGCCAGUCAGGAUGGAAGCCAGUGCCAUGUCAUCAUUCCAAUGCGAGAGGUCGUCAAUGUUGAGAAGCCAGAAUCCAGCAGCAGGGCUUUAACGGUGUGUGUGCGUGGCAAGAGGGCGCUGCGUUUCUCUGAGGUGCGGGACUACCAGAGGCUUGCUAACACAAUCCGUAGCAGAUGUGGGAUUAGUGCCAGCCCUCAGCACUCUGCUUCGUCAGAGGCCAUACGAGGAGAGUGCCAGUCACUCAUCAACCACUUUGAAGACAACCCAGAGGACGUAACACUAAUGGUUGGACAGAAAGACUGCAGCAAGGCUGUAAGCACUGAGGCGCUCAUGACUGUUUUCCACCCCCAGGAUCUUGAAAACCUUGACCCUAAAAUGCUUAAAGAAAAGAUGAAGGAACAGUCUUGGAACAUCCAUUUCUCUGAAUAUGGACGCGGCACGAGUAUGUUUUUCAACAGGAAGACAAGAGACUUGAUUGUUCGUGGUGUUCCUGAGACCUUGAGGGGAGAGCUGUGGAUGCUUUUCUCAGGAGCUGUCAACGACAUGGCCACUCACCCCGGCUACUACACCGAGCUGGUCGAACAGUCUCUGGGCACAAGCACUUUGGCUACAGAUGAGAUCGAGAGAGACUUACACCGCUCUCUUCCAGAGCACCCUGCCUUUCAGAGUGACACCGGAAUCUCAGCCCUACGCAGAGUCCUUACUGCCUAUGCAUACAGGAAUCCUAAAAUCGGCUACUGCCAGGCCAUGAACAUUCUCACCUCAGUUCUGCUGCUCUACGCAAAAGAAGAGGAGGCUUUCUGGCUCUUGGUGGCCGUUUGCGAGAGGAUGCUGCCGGAUUACUUUAACCGCCGAAUUAUUGGCGCUUUGGUCGACCAAGCGGUGUUUGAGGAUCUGAUUCGAGAAAACCUCCCCCAGCUGGUGGAGCACAUGACAGACCUGAGUUUCUUCUCGUCCGUGUCCUUGUCCUGGUUUCUCACUCUCUUCAUCAGUGUCCUACCCAUAGAGAGCGCCGUGAACGUGGUGGACUGUUUUUUCUUUGACGGCAUCAAAGCCAUUCUGCAGCUCGGCCUGGCAGUGCUGGACUACAACAUGGAGGCUCUGAUCAGCUGCCAUGACGACGCAGAGGCCGUCACCAUCCUCAACAAAUUCUUUGACAGUGUGACAAACAAAGACAGUCCGUUGCCUCCAACAGUUCAGCAAGCUUCAGUGGGCAAUAACGAUAAAGCAUCCCACUUCAAUGUGGAUAUUAGUGAACUGAUCCGAGAGGCUUACGAGAAAUAUGGAAAUAUCCGUUCCGAGGACGUUGAGAGCUCACGGAAAAGAAACAAACUGCAUGUGAUCCAGACACUGGAGGAUACAACCAAACAAAAUGUUAUUCGAGUGGUGUCCCAAGAAGUCCGAUUCAGUGCCUCACACCUUGAUGAGCUUUAUAACUUGUUCAAAAGGCAGCAUUUCCUCAGCUGCUACUGGACAAUGAAGAGUCCGGCUCUUCUCCAUCACGACCCCAGCCUGGCCUAUUUGGAGCAGUAUCAGCUGGGUUUCCAACAGUUCAGCGUGCUCUUCUCCCUGCUGGAGCCUUGGGCUUUCUGCACCACCAAAAGCACUCUCUCCCUCUGGAUCUUCCGCCUGAUAGACGAGAACCAGGACGGCCUCGUCAACUUUAAAGAGUUCUGCAGUGCCCUUGAUACUUUGUAUAGUGGAUCUUUCACAAAUAAGCUGAAAUUCCUCUUCAAGCUGCACCUGCCACCAGCUUUCACAGGUAGUCCUUUGCACUUAAAGGAUCAAAGAAUCCAGCAUUUUAUUCCAGUGACUGAAGACUCUUCUCACUUGCGUAGACUCGCUGCUUUUGAUCUUCCUGAAGAUGGUGUGAUAAGAAAAAGCCCUGAAAGAGGUAGAGGAAAAGUGGACCUGCAGGCCUACCUGAAACAAUGGCAAAAUGAAAUACUUAAGAAAGAGGAAACAAUCAGGGACCUACCUCGAAUUAAUCAGACUCAGUUCAUCCAGUUCUCCAAGACCCUGUACAACAUUUUUCAUGGCGAUCCAGAGGAGGAGUCUCUGUACCGAGCUGUGGCCCAUGUGACCAGCCUCCUCCUGAGGAUGGAAGAGGUAGGACGGAGGCUGCAGGAGGUCAGCAGCCCGACAGAGUCCACAAAGCCUUCCAACACUGCUGCUGCUGCUGCGGUGGAGUCUUCAACCGAAGGACCUUCUACCACCCCGGAGAGCUCCGACACCUCCGGCUCCCGCCACGGUCAGGAUGCAGGGCCCAACCUAUCAGAGAUGGAGUGGUCGUUUUCGUUCGAGCAGGUUCUGGCCUCUCUGCUCAAUGAGCCGGCCAUAGUCAGCUUCUUUGAAAGGCCUGUCGACGUUCAGGCAAAACUGGGACAAGCUAAGGUUGGCCAGCUGAAGUUAAAGGCAAAUAAGUGAAAGGAUACAUAAGUGAAUUGAUACUUUGCUUCUGAUUCAAACCCAGAAGUCACCAUGAAUUUCCUUUUCUCCACUCGGAUAGGGCAGACAGUAAGUUUACUGUUUGAAGCGGUGUCUUACUGUAAAUGAAGAGGAGACAUCAGCUUUUAAUAUCUGGGGCACAACAUAUAUGUGUCUGUGUGUGUGUGGCUUGGAAGUUAGGCAGACGAUGAUUAGCAACGAUGACAGAUGGAAUAAAUGAGACACAGCAUCUUUAAAACACUGCAAACACUGUUGUAAUGGUCUACUGACCAACACCUCAUACUGACAUACUGUAUGCUGUCGUUCUUCAAAUCUGAUUAUGCAUUUUCAACCUCUGUGAUGAAUUUUGUUCUCUCAUGAAGCCUCAGAUUCUUUGCAUUUCAAGUUUAGUUUAAAAAUGUUUCUCCCCCUAUAUGCCAUGGGGCACACACAGUAUAGUUUUGUAUUGUAUAAGGGACAUUCACUUCUGUUCCCUGUAUUUAGAAACAUGGCAGAAGAGUUUGUCCUUCCCUCUGUCUCUGAUGUCAUGCUGUGGAACAGCUCCAUAACAAAUUACUUAAACAAGAGUCCACAGGAAGAUUCUCCUUCAUACUAGUCACUACUGUAGUGAAACACUAAACGUGUCCUGUGAGUUCAUAUUAGUGUUAUUCUGUAAAUGUCAACUUAUUGUGAGAAACACCAGCUUUUCAGUUAAACAGGGCACAGAAUAAACAGUACAACAGUGAGUAAGGACACACAGUAGUGUCAUCCCCGGAAGCCAUAAGUUGAUUUCAGAGAUUCUCUGAAUGAGGACGUUGGAUGCAUUUUAUUGGGAGCAGAGACAAUUCAAUCAUGGUAUCAAACAUUUGCAAUAAUACACAAGAGAGGAUAUUGUACUGCCGCAGAGCACUCAUCCGUCUUUUUCCUCCGACAGCACACACAGUUAGAAUAUUAAUAACGUGACUUCAAGUGUGUCAUACUGGAAACUAUGAUUUGUAAAGGUAAAGUAGAAUUUCACAGUGCUGCUGUAGGUAAGUCUCCUGUGUCUGCUUAUGAAAAUAAGCUGUGUGUGAUCUUCACAGUGCGAUUGGUUGAUGUGCUAUUUGCUUAUGGCUGUCUUAAAGCAUACAUAGGAUGUUAAGCUCUCGUAUAAGUGCAGCAUUUUGUACAUAUAGGUCAGUUCAAUAGCCGUUUGAUUAUUGUAUUCAUGAGGCUAGUAUUUACAAUGUAAGAUAGGAGCUAGUGGACUGUUGUGGACACAACUUAAACCUUUUGAAGGACAUUUUUGUUUCAAAUCUCAGGGUGCAGUUUGUGUAAAAUAAAAGGGACAAAAGGGAUAUUUUUCGACCAGGGACAUAUAUAGUAUAUGACUGAGUUAUACAUAGCUUACAAAUGUCUGUAACAUUAAAAUAUAGAGCAUGUGUAGCAUAGUUACAGGAUUACAUUACAUUAUGCUAAUGAACAGCAACUAUCACUGCUCAAUUUACAGUGUUUCAGUUUUCUUUUUAUCUGAGCAUUUUCUGCUUUUUAUCUUAAGUGAAUCAUUUGCACAGUUGUUUGAGAUUCACAAGUUGUAGAAAUGCCUGUAUCUCUCUCUGCCAGAUCUCGAAGGCUUUGGACUCCAAAGGUCACAACCACUUGAGCUGCAGCUUGUCACCUCCAGGGGCCAAAUUCAAAACAUUAUGGAGCUUUAUCUCUGCUUGUGUAGGAAAUAGGUGUUUGGGUUUUUUUUUUUUUUUUUUUUUAGAAGCUCCUUAAGUGCAAGUGCAAUUUUCUGUUUUCAAUCAUUAUUUUGCCAUUUGCUUGGAAUGUUUUGUUUUUUGUUAAGUAAGUCCUUAAUUUUUCACUUCAGAUGUUAGGACCAGUCUGAAAUGUAUUUUAUUGUAUAAUUAUUGGGUUAAUCGACUUGCAUUGUGAGUUCAAUACUCAUUGAAAAUAAACAGCUUGAAAACAUCCAUUAGUCAUUAGAACUGAAAUCUGUUUACAUGAUAAAUGUUUAAACAAAAUUGUUUCAAAAAAAGUUUCAUGCUGCAUUUGUAACAUCUCUGAACUUAUGACUUGAGAAAUGAUCAUAAAAUGCAAAUUACGACCUUAUCAGAUCAUGUGUUGUAGUUGUAGUGUUGAGUUUUUCUUUUCAGUUUAUUGCAUGCUUACUGUAUUUCUGAUCAUUUGAUAAUAUCUUAAAGAUUAGAAAUCAUAUAAAAAGAGACUUGACAAACCGCUUUCAAGAAUUCGUUGUUGGUCUAUACAUAAGCAAUGUAGAACAGUUAAGACAAACAAAUCUGAUGCAUUCGUAAUUUCCUAAUUGUAUUUCUUAUGGCAUAGCUUUUUAAAAAUGGCUCUUUUUGCCCAAAAUAGGUUGUGGUGUCCUCUUUGUGGGGAAAAAUAGAAAGAGAUGACUUUGUAGGAACAGGAGAUAAUAUCUCCCUGGCAUGCUGUCUGUUUUGCCCUUUUUAUAUACGGUCUAUGGUUUUGCCAUUAAAAUCAGAGUGUAUACAGCAGGCAUGGAUAAUGCUCCAGCUCCUGUAUUAAGUUUGCCAAGUCCUUAUAUGUGCAAAUGUAGUCUGCAGAUUUUAUAGUCUGUUGCUUUUGAUUGAAAGCUUGUUUUAUGCGAAGCAGAUAUUUUUGUCUGCCUGCUUGAUUGUGAUUUGUUUUUUUUAAAUCUCCAUGCAAAGAUACCAGAAUAAAGAGUGAAAACUGUAUGAAUAACAAGGUUUGGGUCAUUCUGAGUGUCACCUGAAGCACCUUAGAUCCACACACACCAACAUGAAAUGACAAGUUAACUGGUACUUGUUUGUGUUUUAAGGGUCAUAAGCUUCUGCCUGUUUGGAUUAUCUGUCAUAUUUGUCCAUAUGCAUCUGAACAUCUCAUUGUAUAAGGAUAGUUAUGUAGGAUUUUAUUGUAUAAUAAAUAUUGUCAUGGAUGGAUAACUGAACUGUCA